AUGUAUCUUGCUCGAUUAUUGAGGCGUAAAGAGAUACUGCGAGUGAAGAUUCCCACAGGCGAAACGUCCCAUAGAUCAGUCACGAAGAUGACAGUGCGCGAAGCGUUAAAUAUGGCCCUCGACGAGGAGUUAGCUCGGGAUGAAAGGGUAUUCAUAUUAGGAGAGGAAGUCGCGGAAUUUGAUGGCGCUUACAAAAUAACACGUGGUCUCUGGAAGAAAUACGGUGACAAGAGACUGAUCGAUACACCAAUUUCGGAGGCUGGAUUCUGCGGUAUUGCUAUCGGUGCAGCGCUAGCAGGUUUAAGACCGAUAUGCGAAUUUAUGACUUUCAAUUUCUCCAUGCAAGCCUUUGAUCGUAUUAUCAAUAGUGCUGCGAAGAAUUUCUAUAUGUCUGGUGGAAGAUAUUCCGUUCCUGUUCUAUUCCGAGGGCCGAAUGGUAAUUGUAAAGGUUUGGCUGCACAGCACUCUCAAUGUUUUGCCGCAUGGUACAUGAGUACGCCUGGCUUGAAAGUCAUGUCACCGGCGACCUGCGAAGAUUACAGGGGCUGCUUGAAGUCGGCCGUACGAGAUCCCGAUCCCGUAAUCAUGUUGGAGAGUGAAAUGCUUUACAACAUUGAAUUUCCCGUGUCUGAUCAAGCUAUGGACAAGGACUACCAGAUACCUAUCGGCAAGGCUAAAGUGGAGAAACCAGGAAAGCACAUCACCCUAGUGACACAUGGCCAGGCAUAUAUAUAUACGCUUCAAGCGGCCGAGUUGUUAGCAGGACAAGGAAUCGAAGCGGAAGUUAUCAAUCUACGAUCGCUGAGACCUUUGGAUUGGGACACGAUAUUCAAAUCAAUCAGCAAAACACACAGAUUAAUGACCGUCGAACUGGGCUGGCCUAGAUGCGGAGUAGGAGCCGAGAUCAUCGCGACAGUGAUGGAAAAUCCAGUCUUCUUUCAGUUGGACGCACCUGCGGUUCGAUGCGCCGGCGUUGAUGUUCCGAUGCCUUAUUCAGAGAAAAUGGAGUACGAAUGUACUCCGAAGGAUCAUCAUAUAGUUGACUAUGCUAAACGCAUCUGUGGCACAAAAUUCUGA